AUUACCAGUGAUGAGACUAGCCUAUUUGAAGAAUAAUCUAGUUAUAACAAUUCAUGACCAUCCAUGCUGUGUAAAUCCUUUCAUGGGAUACACCAAACUACUUAACACAACGACCAAAAGAUAACACAAGCAGUCUUCAGAAAAUGGCUCCAGGAGUUUCCAGUUAUCAUUAUCGUGAAGUUCCUCCUUCCUUCUCUUUCUCUGGAUCUGGAUUCCUGGCCACCUACCAGUUAGGUGUUGCCCAGGGCUUUUUAAAUCAUGCACCCUGGAUACUGCGGACAGCACCUUGUGUCCUGGGUGCAUCUGCUGGGUCCUUGGUAGCAGCUGCUGUAGUAUGUGAAAUGAGCCUGACUACUAUCCGGGAUGAAAUGCUACAUUUUGCCAAACAGGUUAAGGCUUUUACACUUGGACCAUUUAACCCCUCAAUCAAUGUUUUCCACUGGUUAGAGUUAAUUUUACACAAACAUCUUCCGUCUGAUGCGCACCAACUGGCCAGUGGGCGUCUAGCUGUGGCUAUGACCCGCCUGACUGAUAGUAAGCUCAUUAUCAUGUCUGACUUCCACUCCAAAGAGGAUGUAGUACAGGCUUUGCUGUGUAGCUGCUUUGUGCCAGGGUACUGCGGUAUGGCGCCUCCAACCUUCAAAGGAGAACAUUAUGUAGAUGGGGGUUUCAGCAGCAUGGUGCCAAAAUUGCCUAUACCGUGCAGUCACAUCUUGACGGUGUCUCCAUUCUCUGGAGAGAUAGACAUCUGUCCUGCCGACACACCUUCCAUGUGGAACAUGGUAGUGAGUGGAACAACCUUGAAGGGCAACAUUGCUAACAGCUUCAGGGUCAUCAAUGCUCUCUACCCCAUUGAUCUGGAGACUCUGGAACAAGCCUACGACAGCGGCUACAAAGAUGCUAUUCAUUUCCUUCUGAGCAAUGAUCUUGUCCCACAUUUUAUGAUAGACAAAGUACCCCAAGGGCAACUUAACUAUAACCAAACUAAAACGUGGAUCCACCUGGAGAGCAACACAGAGAAAGAGGAAGAGAUGAAGGUGGACAAAGAGACCAUUACACUGACAUCGUUUGCAGACAGUACAUGCAUGCAGACAGACAGCUGUACUGAGCACAAAUUGACUGGAGAUCGGCCAAUUAAAGACCCUCGUCUUUACUAUUUUGACAUGGUUAAGAAAGUUCUUCUGGGCAACAUGGGGACUUAUCUGAGCAUGUUUGGACUCACUACAAGAAUCUUAUUCUACCUGCUUCUUCCUAUCAUGCUGUCAUUUUACGCCAUACACCGAAGUAGUCACAGGCUGGAGUUGUUGUUCAGACAGGCACCCACGUUGCUGUUCUGGGUGUGGCAUGGCCUCAGACACAUUACAUCCUUCUUUCUCAACACAUUUGUCUGCACCCUUGUGAAGAACAUGAAGGACUGGAUUAUGCCAAUCAUCCUGCUGUUGGAGUAUGUGAAAAUUCAAGCACAAUAUGAAGCUCCACAAUGGCAGAAGCACGCAACAUCUCGCAAUGAGUUUCCCUCUUCUGCUCAUUCAGAAGAUAUCAGGCAUGGGAGUCUGCACAGACAGUUCAUCACUCCAUCACGAGAUUGCAAAAAAACAAAAUAACAGAAUAUGUACACAGAGUUGCUGACUUUUUGCACAUAAGGUGUUCAAUGUAAUGUUGUAUGUUAAGCCUGGUUUUGUUUGAUGUAAGCUGGUUAAAAUAUUUCUAUUAUUUUAAAUAGUUUAAGGCCUAGUUGUGGUAAUAACUGGUAUAAGGCGACACUACUUUUACCCUAUGACAGAAAAGCAUUAAGACUGAAGGUGGCAUAAGGUGGCCAGUUAAUGUCUUCCUACUGGAAGCAUGAAUGUGAAAAUACUGUGUGGUCCAAACUAAGUUGUCAUGAGAUAUGCUUUAUUGGAAAUGAAAAGUCUGGCCUGAUGUUGCAUUAGGUAAUGAGGUCACAUACUGUAGAGUUGAAAUCAAAUCUGAAGACGAUUCAUUAGGAAUCAUCCUUGGUGGAAGUGUACAUUCAUAAGUUAAGGUUUGUGUUAUGCUGUACAGCUAUAUAAUUGUAAUGUUUAAUAUUAUUCUAUGUUUGGCCUAAUUAACAGAAUCAAACCACAUUGUUAAAUCUCUAAAAUACUCAUGUGUUUUAAAGCAUACUGUGAUUUCUGUUGCUAAACCACAAACACUGACUGCUGACACAAGUGUGGAUGUCAGUGGUUCAUCAGCUGACUUGUGUGAAAAACAAAUAAUCAAUUAUAGGACAUUUUUGUGGCUCAUCCCUGACAAAAUAUUUGCGGUUUCAGUCAAGUCUAGAGUAGCUUCAGGGCGUUUCUCUAGACUGUUCCUAAUUUCAUUUCCCCAUGAGAGGUGACAAGUAGUCCUGUGAUGUGCUAUUUGAACACUGUACUCUUUCACUCCUGGUUUCCCUGAGCGAAAGCAUUCACUACCUCACUAAUAAUGUUCAUUGAUUUAAUGUUAAAGUUCAGUAACCUUCAGAAUGCCCUCAUUUCUUUUUCAGGAGGCUGCAGGAAGUUCUGCACAUUACUACGUGCUAUGACGCAGAAACCAUUGACUUUCUGCAAAGACUGCAAAGUGAUUUUCUCAUACUAUUUGUCCUGUACUAUAUAUAUAUUGGCUUGUACAAUGUAUUUGUAAGGUGAUCAUUUAACCUAUAAUAUUUAAACAGCUAUA